CGAUCGGGCAUCGAGAGUUUGGCCUCGAGACAGGAGGAGUUAUUCCCGUGUUCGUGAAGGCGGAAGUGGUGAAGGGAGCGAGGCCAGCUCCUCCCGACGAGCCAAGUGAAGGCCCGCCAGCGUGUCCGUCCCCUCCAGUGAUGAUGCCGAAUUAAAGGCACAGAUGGAGUAGCGAUGAUGGCAUGGAUCACUGGAACACGGUCUCGAAGCGGAGCAAUCCGGAGACAUGGGAGGAUACGAUGCUGUGCACGACGCUGCCAUCAGCUCGCACCCGAGGGCAGUCCAAUCGCAAUCCCUCGUUCAAUUCUCCGCAUACUCACAAACCAGCAAAACAUUGUCACACAUCGGACUAACAGAUGGUUGGCGGUGCGCUGGAACACGAGUCGAAGCAUUUAUAGGAAAGCAAGCUCGCUGGUAAAUACUGUAGCUUGUACCGAGCUCGUCGUCCCACUUUCACUUCGUCCCUUCCCCCACGGUUUAAACUCCGCAGCCAUCCCACGCCCCGCAGCCACCACAGUGCAACACCUGCAACCCUCCCUCCUUCACACAGAGACCAGCCCUCCAAGAUGGCGGCCCUGGCACCGCAGCGGACACAGCUUCGCUUCUUGUUGCAUGCGGCUAGACAGAUCCCCCGGGGGUGGCCAUAAUCAAACGAGGUCACUGCGCACAGAGGGAUAGAUGCGAAUUAGCCGUAUAGCCUUAUGGAGGGCCUCAUUGCACAUUCACCCUCCACCGUGUGCAGAACUUCUCAACACACACGUCCUUUCUCUCUCAAAUCCUUAUUGACAGAGCCGUGCUGCCAGCUGCCGCUUCGCCGCGCCGCCGCCCAUCUACUGCCAGCCUCGGGUUCCCUUACCCCGCCGGUUCCUCACGCAGGGCCCCAUCCAAAGGCCCACAAC